AGGGAGAUUUGACCAAUAGUGUGCCAUGGAGGCAGGCAUCGACCAAUAAGCGGAGAGAAGGAAGUCUAACCCGGAAGCUGAAAAUCCGAGAUGCGGGGAGUGGUAGCGCCUGGUGUUGACAAAAUUGUCGAAAACAUCGGAAGGUUGCCCCCAGACAUUUUCGCAGAAACAUGUCAGCAGAUUUUAAAUCAGCUUCAGGGACAGACCCAAGGAGUCGAUGUAGCUGAAAUCAGUGACCGAUUUCAAAAAGCUGGAGUUAUAUUGGACCUGGAAGAUGCCGAGGACAUUAUUAAACUGCUCUCAUUUAAUUUCAGAUUAGCAGCAAAGAACAAUUUGACUGCAGAGCAGUUGGUCACGAAGCUCGAUCAGAGUAGCAGUGGCUGGCCGAAAUGUGCCUUGCAGACUGUACGUAACAUGUGGAGUGAACAGGGUGCUGUCAUCCGGACCCAUCAAGAGGCCCAGGUCAUGAUGAGCGUGGGCCAGCUGGUGGAUGUGAAAUGGAAGCUGGGGAUGGCAGUCAGUUCAGAUAACUGCCGCUCCCUCAACUCUCCGUACGUGUCGCUGUUGUUGAAAGUCGCUGACACGUCAGGGCAGAUAACCCACAAAUCUUUUGAAAUGACAGUUCCACAGUUCCAGAACUUCUUCAGACAAUUUAAGGAAAUAGCAACAGUUUUAGAAACUGUGUGAAGCUAAAAAGAAUGUUUGGUUAUUUCUGACAUUGUUAUACCUACAAAUGUAAAUGAGACUUGGACAUUUGUUUCACUUAAGUUACCCAUAUAAAUUCAUAAAUGACCCUGUAAUUCACAAGCUCUUCUGUAACAUUUUUUUUAACAUUCCACACAUUGCUAUAAACAAAGAAAUGUUUACUGAGAAAGCAGCCCUGUUAAAUACCAAAACCUUCAGUACUGUGGGUACAUUCUUUCCUCGAAUUAGUAUAACAUUAAACAUGAUUGUGUAUCA